AUGGGUAAGCUUGAACUACUGCAGACUUUAACUGGUCACAAAGGAAUUGCUUGGAAUGUGUCAUGGCACCCACAAGGCCAAGUCUUUGCAUCAUGUGGUGAAGACAAAAUGAUCAAGUUAUGGAGUAAGGAAGGUCAAGAGUGGACUGUUAAGACUGUUUUAGUUGAUGGUCACCAGCGCACCAUAAGAGAAGUGGCAUGGUCCCCUUGUGGCAAUUUUUUAGCUUCUGCAAGUUUUGAUGCUACAACAGCUAUUUGGGAUAAGAAAAGCGGUCAGUUUGAAUGCAAUGCCACUCUAGAAGGCCAUGAGAAUGAAGUGAAAAGUGUGGCAUGGUCUCCAUCUGGGCAGCUCUUGGCAACUUGUGGACGUGAUAAAUCAGUUUGGGUUUGGGAAGUGGCUGGUGAAGAUGAAUAUGAAUGUGAAGCUGUUCUUAAUGCCCACAAUCAAGAUGUGAAAAAAGUUGCAUGGCAUCCUUCUCUAGAUAUACUGGCAUCAGCAUCAUAUGACAAUACAGUGAAGAUGUAUAAAGAGGAUUCUCUGGAUAGUGAUUGGUCAUGCAUUGCUACACUGCAGUCACAUGAAUCUACUGUUUGGAGUUUAGCUUUUGACAAAACAGGAGAGAGACUAGCAACAUGCAGUGAUGACAAAACAGUUAAAAUUUGGAAAGAGUAUAAACCUGAUAAUCAAGAGGGAGUUAUAGUUAGUGAUAGAGAAUCAGUUUGGAAAUGUGUUUGUACAUUGUCAGGAUACCACACAAGAUGUGUUUAUGAUAUAACAUGGUGUCAUAAAACUGGCCUCAUAGCUACAGCAUGUGGUGAUGACAUUAUCAGAAUUUUUAAAGAAGCAGAUGAUUCCGAUUCAAAUGCACCGACAUUCGAACUUGUUUGUACUCAACUAAAUGCACACUCUCAGGAUGUUAAUUGUGUGGCAUGGAACCCAGCUGGAAAUGAAGAAUUGCUUUCUUGCAGUGAUGACGGAGAAAUUAAAAUAUGGAAGUUUUCAGAAUAA